UGGGCUGCAGACCCAGGCCGGCGGACCCAAGCGCACUCCGCUAACCAAGAGGGUCGCCGCUCCCCAGGAUGGAGCCCCCAGAGGUGCGUGGGGGCCCAGGGCGCAGAGACCGGCCGAGAAAGGGCCGUGCCAGGGAUAAGCUUGUCCCGCGGUGAGGAGAGGUUGGAGCCCCAGAAAGGGCCUCGGGGCAGGCCCUUUACUGAGCCCCUUCUCUACUGCCCAGGUCAAUAAAUGAGAGAAAGCGAGAGGAAAAGAUAGAAACAUCACUGAUGAGAGGGAAUCAUUGAUUGGCUGCCUCCUGAACGCCCCCCACUUGGGAUUGAGCCAGCAACCCAGGCAUAUGCCCUUGACUGGAAUCGAACUCGGGACUCUUCAAUCCACAGUCCCCACCUCAGAGACUUCUCCUGGGCCCUCCCCAAUGGGGCCUCCACCUCCUUCAAGUACAGCUUCUAGGCCUCCAGCUGUGGGGAGUUGUCCUGCCUCCACUGUGGAUCCCAUAGAUUUUCCAGUCAUUGAUUGUGAGACUUUGCUGGAAGAUGUGCUGAGACCUUUGGAACAGGCAUUGGAUGAUUGUCGUGGCCACACAAAGAAGCAGGUAUGUGAUGACAUCAGCCGACGCCUGGCUCUGCUGCAAGAACAGUGGGCUGGAGGGAAGCUGUCAACGCCUGUAAAGAAGAGGAUGGCUCUGCUGGUGCAAGAGCUUUUAAGCCACCAGUGGGAUGCAGCAGAUGACAUCCACCGCUCACUCAUGGUUGACCAUGUGACUGAAGUCAGUCAGUGGAUGGUGGGAGUUAAAAGAUUAAUUGCAGAAAAGAGGAGUCUGUCUUCAGAGGAGAAGGCUAAUGAAGAGAAAGCUGCAGCCACAGCCGAGAACCAGACCGUACCAGAACAGGAUCCAUAAUCCUAUGGGUUCCCCAGACUCAACUCACACCAUCUCCUAUGCCUUGGCAUGGGAGGCCUUGUCUCACUUGGCUCCCUCUUAGCACUUGGGAGACUGUCUGCCCUGUUGGGUUCCUUGGCCUGACCCAACUCUGGGGGAAGAGGUCCCAUCUAGGCCACAGGGUGGUCACUUGUUAUCCCUAACGUAUGUUUCAAUAAAAACAUCUCAAUGUGG